ACCCACUUUACUCUGUCCUUCCCUCUCCCUAGGAGAGCGCACCCGCAAUGGCGCCCCCCUGCGGCGAUGCUGCGGCGGCACCCGAGCUGACCAGCCUGCGCAUCCCCGAUGGAGCCGAGUUACCUCCGCUUCCCAGACGCGGCGGCGGCGGCGGCAAUGCGGCCGAGAGGGAGGAGGAGGGCGAUAAGAGCAAGAAGGCGAGGAAGGAGAAGGCCGGGGCGCAGCGGAUCGCCGGGUGGGGGCUCCGCGAGUACAGCAAGAUAGUUUCUAAAAAAGUUGAGACCAAAGGACGGACUACUUAUAAUGAGGUUGCAGAUGAAAUUUGUGCGGAGCUAAAGUUGACGCUUAAUGGCCAAGAGUUUGAUGAGAAGAAUAUUAGGAGGAGAGUGUAUGAUGCUUUUAAUGUGCUAAUUGCACUACGUGUUAUUGCAAAAGACAAAAAGGAAAUAAAGUGGAUGGGCCUGUCUAAUUUCAGAUAUGAAAAGAUUAAGAAGUUGGAGGAGGCUCACAAAGAACUAAUGAUCAGGAUUAAGAACAAGAAGAAACUUCUCCAGGAAAUUGAAAAACAGUUUGAUGACCUCCAGAAUAUCAAGUUUCGCAACCAGGUAUUACAGAGGCCAGCAGAGAGUGUGAAUGGUAUCUGCCUUCCAUUCUUAUUGGUCAAGGCAUCCAGAAAAGCGAGGGUGGAAAUUGAGAUUUCAGAGGACUCAAAGUUCGCAGGUUUCGACUUCAACUGUACACCAUUCACUUUGCAUGACGAUGUCUCAAUCCUUGAUGGGAUCAGGCGCAAUGGCAUAAGAAGAGCUGGGUAGCUUCGUGUUCUUCAAUAGAUGCUCGAGAAUGUGAUCCAUCAGUUGAAAGUGACAAGACUGGGACAACCCGUUUUGUUUGCACAGCCAUUAGUAUGUUUAGGUAUAUAUAUAUAGUAUGAAACCUUGACCUAGUCUUCAGUGCAGCAUAUCAAGCGUAUGAAGAUUUAACCUGCAAAUUUUGCCCCCUUUUUUGUGCCUAGCAGGUUAUUAGGUCUGAGAUAGAUUAUUUUCAUAUAUGAUGCUAUGUAUUAACUUUAUAAUUGGUCCAAUUCAAAAGCUUGUGCACAAGCUUUGCUUGUUAUAUAGUGUCUGAGCUUUUUGCUGUUGGUAGUUCAUGUAUUUCUCUAGCUGCACCUGCACUGGCUAUCGGAAUAUGAAUCUUCUGUUUAACAAUAAUGCCUCCUGCGGUCCUGAUCGAGCAGCCUUGUUAAGCAUAUAAUAUUUUUUUAGUCCUCUUCUUGUUUUGUAGUAUAGAAAAAAAUGGUUUAAAGUAGGAUUAUUUUUUUGUUAAUUGAACCUGUACCUGAUGAAGAGCAAAGGUGUUGAAGAAAUUAUUUGGAUCAUAUAAUGUAACCCAAGAAAGCAACAGAGCUCAGCUCGGCCAAGUGAUACAAAGUGGCAAGAAUUGGCGUGCUCCAGUUACACAGCUCAACAUGCCAAGCAGCCCAUCGGAAAGCCCGACCUUAAAUGCCAGCAAAGCGAUUCAGCAGCAUAAGAGAACUUUUGCACACGGAGUGUCUCGGGCAACUGCUGGGUAUUGUACAGAAGUUUAAAUUCAGUAACACCCUAGCUGCUGGUAAUCUGUUCCUGAAGU